UCUGGCUCCUUCAUCCUAGCGACCUGGUGGUGCAAUACGACCAAUGAAGGCUAAUGCUCGUCCCCGACCAGCGCUUCUCUUCCAUUUCUUUCUGGCAACUUGUUGGAAAGGGCCGUCUGGACUGUUUCGCCCAUUGCUGGACUUUUUGGAUCCUCUUCCAAACGUACUCUGUCUCGAGCCCACAACUUUUUCUCUCUCACUUCAGCUACACCUCGAUUCAAAGCACAGCAUUCAAGCGGAAGGGUAAAGAGAGAGAAAAAAGUUGAAUCCGGCCUGGACCUCGACAGCCCUGUUGAUCAUCAGUCGACUAACCCCAAGGCAUCCUGACCGUUCAAACACCACCACCACCACUACACUCACCACAUGCUGUCGGCUGGUCCAGCUCGGAGCUACUAGGUACACCCGCCCACAGACACACCCCUGCCGAAUUGCUGCUCCUCCCCAAAAUAAUAUUAUUUCUCGCCCGGAGGCUUGUCUUUGCGACUCACUUUCUACCUGUCCAUCUGCCUACCACCGUCGAACAACAACACACGAUACCGCCGCGUCUACGAAUCACUUCACUUUCACAAUACUCUAGCCAGGGACAAAGUGUUCGACACUCGUUGUCGAACCUGUUUAGCAUCGGUAGUUGGCAAUGGCCUCUUCAAAGGUAUGCCCGGAAUCGGGAUUCCAACCCAUGCCCUGCCCUGCUUAGCUCGCUCCCAACACGCAUCUCAACCCAGUCUUGCUGAUCACUUCGUCCUCGUUCAGGAAAUGCAGCAGACCACAAGGCCAUUGAACCAACACCGUCCCUCUCUAUCAACUGCUUCCUCUUCCGGCCUUACCACGCGACAAUCCCACUCUCGCACCAACUCCCAUUCCAUCCUCAGCGGCGCUCUCAAUGCCAACCACCGUGUGACUCGCCGCAAGUCCAUGACAAACACCGCCGCGAACGCGGCGGCCAUGGCAGCGGCAAUCAAGGAAGUGAGCGGCGACAAAGUCACGCCCAUUGCCGUCAGCUCUCGUAGGAACACUGCCUCGAAGAGUGCUGCAGCCCGCGCCGCCAUCAUCGGGAGUCUUCCCUCGCCUCCAGCGAGUCUGCCGACGCACAAAUUUCACUUGGACGGAAAGACAGAGAUCCACGAGAGCGCCAUUGAGGAUGACCCAGUUAACGGGUCAGCCGACGAAGGCGAUGAUAAUGCUCAAAAGGCUCGUAUUCGGCGCGCCAGCGAUGGUCAGCCUCUCGUAAAGGAGGGCAGGAAGUUCAACCGCAUCGAGCUCAAGUGCGAGACGUGCGGAAAGGGAUACAAGCACAGCAGUUGCCUGACCAAGCAUUUGUGGGAACACACUCCCGAAUGGUCCCUGACAUCCAAGCUGCUUAUUUCUAAGCAUCAGCAAGUCCAGCUCCUUGAGGCUGCCUCUGUCUUGUUGACCAUGAACCACAAGGAGGAGGGUGGUGAUGCGGCGACGCCCCCGGAUUCCGCCAAGGAUUUCCCUAGUGACCAAGAAGAGUCGACUUCUCCCGCUGCUUCUGGAUAUUCAGACGAGCGACACAGCUCUGCCGACACCACCCCGCCUCCUCAAUUGGAGGGAUUUUCGUCGUCGGAUCGUUCGUUCGCGAAGCGGUACGGGUCCGGAAGCGGAUUCGGUCGUUCAUACCAGUCUGCGCCGUCCAUCAACCCUCUCGUGACAGGCAGCAUGCCCCGUGGAACAGGAUUUUCUUCACACUUCCGUCAAACCAGCCAGGAUCAACGACCGCCGUCGUCAGGGAGAAAUGCCACCGGACAAGAAGAUCAGGAUUUGGCAGCCGCUGUGGAACUUCUUAGUUGCAGCUUCAACAGCAACAACGGAAGAACAGUGCAGCUUCCAGCAGACGCUCCUCCUGUGCCCCCGCUACCGGCGCAAUAUCUCGACCAGGCGGCAUCCUUCUCGAGUGCUGGGUUCAGCGCAGGUUUCAGCGCUGGAUUCCUCAACAGCUUCCCUAGCAGGCAGCCAGAGAGCUUCACACGAGGCGAGGUCCGCGGCUCCGAUGUCAAGAUGGAAGACAGCGAUAGCGUGAUGGACGACGAUGACUUUGACCGCCGAUCUCGAUCCCGAAGCGACGAAGAUGACGACGGCGUCUUCGGACGUAUGGAGGAAUAGCGAAACUCCGUUCCACGAUUGAUGCCGACGAUAUCUGAGGAGAUGAGUACAUAACGAAGAGGGAAAAUGAGGGGAGGAUGUGUUUCUUUUGUACCACCAUAUACUAAACCCUGUAAAUGAGGUGGUUCUGUCUCCGCCGCCGAUCUCUCAGCACCAAGGAGUGGAGGGCCCGGUCUUGCAUCAUGAUCUGGCCCAGCAAGGCAGGUCGAUAGGAUGGGAUCGAGAUUGCAACUCCACGAGGUUAAAGUGAGAGACGGAGAGGGCGUCGAGCGAAUGCCCAAAGCUGUCACGCUGAUGGUUCUGACGAGACAAACGAGUGCGAUGCCCCAAGAUUGGCCGCGACGCUCAGUGUUCGGUAUGGAACCAGCAUAACGAAAUGAAAUGAAAAAGAUUAAAAAGUUCAAGAAAAAGAUCCUGGUUGAUUUUCGCCGGUGGUGACCUGUGUGACCUCUUGUCUGGAUGAAUAAGAGAACUCUUGAUCGCGACGAGGCACUCGGGCUUGGAGCGUGGCUAAUGUUUACCAACGAUGAUGGCUGAAGUGACGAGGCAAGCUGGAUGGUGGUUGGUGUGUUGGAACGCCAGCAGCAACCUUAAACCAGGCACACCCGGAGCUUCGCUCCCGAAAGGCGAAGAUUUGCAUGUGAGCUCAUCAAGCUUUGAAGAUCACACAGACAAGACAGACACCAAGCAAAGCAGACGGGGAGGCAAAGAUAAGGUAAGGCCAAUUUUUGACAAGAGUACAGAUGGCAUCCUCCUUCCCAAGGCUUGGAAAGCUUUGGGGGUCGGAGGUUCGCAUGUAUUAAAUAUUUCUAGAGCGGAAGGGGAUGAUGGAGAAACUUUAUUCGAAAAGAAGAAAAUGAAAACAAAGAGAGGGAAAGAAGAGGGAAAAACCGAUGGAGGAAAAAAGUCUGCAAUUACGGAUCAUGGACGGAGCCAGUAGAAAAUAUCUAUCCUUGGGAGCCCGCUCACAGUGGAGUUUUCCCGCUUCGCUGGGCGGGCUGCUGAGGCACGGCGGCGGUUGUUUGGUGGCCGGCGG